ACGCUUGCCGCGCUUCUGAAUGUGUCCAACACGGCUGACAAUGUGUGUGUUUGCAUUAAGAUAAUGUACUUUGAACAGGAUCGCUUGUAAAACGGGACCCCGCAGAUAAACAGUUGACGUUUGACGUUGUUAACGGCAACUGGCCUGCUGUUUUCAUCGGCGCAAACGAACGUCAGAACCAUGAUGUCUCGCCUGAAGAAAUCAAAGGGAGGUUCAGCCGGACAGAAAAACAUUUCCGUCUUCUUCACCUCUCGGCCUCCGACAGAUGAACACCAGAGAACCUGUCCCACAAAACAACCUGUUUUCAGGUCGGCUGAAUCCAAAGGAGAAGAGAAAAUUGCCUGUGGGUUGGCAGAUUCUCCAUCCAAGAGGAGCGUCCUCGUAAGCCUUGAAAAUCACCUCCUCUCAUCUCCCGACCUGCUCUCCAUACCGGAAACGCCCAGUAGUCAAAUCAGACUCUCUAAUUCUGGACAUUCAGAGGCGCAUGAAAACCAGCAUGAGCAAACGUCCCCCAUCUCUCGAAGCUCACACUGCAAAGUUCUUGGGUGCGGAAUGGAUUCAAAAGAGGGAACAAACAGAAAGAUGAGCUUGAAAAGACUCUACAGUUCCCCUGAAGAAAUCCACGCUGCCAAGAGACCGAGAUCCAGCAGUGCACCUGGGCACAGAAGCGGGGAAGAUGUGGAUGAAGACACUGGUUUCACAGUCAUUACUGAUCCCAAGACGGCUGAUGAGAAAAGACUGGACUGUGGUCUGGUACUGGAGGAGGAUGUUGUUGUUGACCAGCAACGAAGGCUCUGCCCAGAAGGGGAUGCACCUUUGAUGUUCCCUGAGAAAUUAUCAGACGGAAACAUGCUCGAAAUAUUAAAAGGAGAUGAACGAAAAGGUGCUUCAGACAUACCUGCUGAUGAGGAUUUUGAUGAGGACUGGUUUACAGAACACAUGGGUCCAGGCGACGCCAAAAGGAAGCCCCCGAAGCCACGUAAGGUCCCGGACCACGUCAUACUUUGUGGAGGAAUCAACAACCGCUACUGGGUUCUGGACGUGGACGAGGGCUGUGGUCACAAAAUCCUGACAAUGACGUGCUUCAGAACUCUGGAACCCACUGAGACGUGUCUGCUGAAAGAUGGAUGGGAAACGACUCCAGUUCUUUGUGGUGACGUGGUUCAUCUGGAGGGCUCGUCUGCUCAUGGACACUGGCAGGUGGACCGGGAUCAGGGCCUCCUGGUUUUGUUUCCUGACAGUCUGAUCUCAGGCACCAGCAUCUCCAGCUCCAUCCGCUGUAUGAGGAGGGCAGUUCUCAGCGACAUGUUUAAGAGUUUUGACGGCGGCUCCAAGCAAAUGCUGAAUGGGACCAUCGUCCACGAGGUUUUUCAGCGAGCUGCCAUGUGCAAAGACUUCUCUCUGGACACGCUCUUGAAGCUGGCUGACCAGGCUCUGUGCAGUCCACAGCGUCUGGGGGACAUGUACAGUUUAGGAGUGACUCAGGAAGAGAUGAAGCAAGAACUUCAGGAGUACUUGCCUUCACUGGAACACUGGGCCAAGGACUACCUCAGCACCACGGCACCUAAAGCCAUCGCCCUCAAAACACGGAGCGGCAUGGCUCCGAACAAGUGCGGGCCCUCCUCGGUCUCGCUGACGGAGCUGAUGGACAUCGAAGAGAACGUGUGGGCGCCGCGAUUCGGUCUGAAAGGAAAGAUUGAUGUGACUGCACGAGUCAGGAUCCACAAACCGAAUAGCCGCCAGGAGAGCAGGGUGGAGCAUGUCAUUCCCCUGGAGCUGAAAACUGGGAAGGAGUCGAACUCAAUAGAGCACCGCAGUCAGGUGAUUCUGUACACGCUGAUGUGUUUGGAGCGAUAUGAGCCAGCAGCCGGCUUCCUGCUCUACCUGAAGACCGCGAACCUUCACCCAGUCACGGCCAGCCACAUGGACCACAGGGAGCUGCUGAAGUUGAGGAACACACUGGUGCAUUACAUCCACAACUGCGUGACGAAGGAUGGCGCCUGCAGUCGCCUAGCUAGACUCCCUGAUAUUGUGGAGGACAGGAAAACCUGCCAGUAUUGCCCUCAGCGGAGAAACUGCGCUUUGAUGGAGAGAGCUGGAAACUCUGCAGAAACCAGUGAAGAGUUUGUACGUGAGUUUCUGGACCAGGAGCUGAGUCAUCUGGCUCUGCCACACCUGGAGUACUUCUCUCACUGGGUCCUGCUCUGCUGCCUGGAAGCUUCUACCAUGGAGGCCAAAAAUGGCCGGAAGCGAGUUUGGCUGCACACAGUCGAGGAAAGUGAGAAGAAUGGGAGUUGUUUUGGGAACCUGCAGCUGGCUGGUCCAGUUGAGGUCCAGUCUCCGGGGGUUUAUCUCCAUCGUCUGCAGCGUUGCAGCAAAGCUCCGGUGCUGACCAGCGUGGGCUUGGCCAGCGGGGAUCGCAUUGUCCUCAGUGACCAAGGAGGUCGAUUUGUCGGCAUGGCAACAGGCUACCUGCGUGACAUCAGCAGCAGGGCGAUCAAUUGCACCCUGGACAGGGACUUGUCCAAGUGUCCUGGCGGCUUGUUCCGGGUGGACGGUGAUGAGGGGGUGGUGGGCCUCAGUACCCAUAUGACGAAUGUAUCCAGACUGAUGGAGAGCUCUCCAGACGGUGACCGUCUCCGAGAGCUGAUCGUGGACCAUCGUCCUCCACAGUUCAUCACCAAUCUCAGCUCUGUUCUGCCCCGGGAGGGCAAGGACACGGUGGCUAACAUCCUGAAGGGUCUCAACAAGCCACAGAAACAGGCCAUGAAGAAGGUGCUGCUGUCCAAAGACUACACACUGAUUGUCGGGAUGCCGGGCACAGGCAAAACUACGACCAUCUGCACUCUGGUGCGGAUCCUCCACGCCUGCGGCUUCAGCGUGCUUCUGACCAGCUACACUCACUCUGCCGUCGACAACAUCCUGUUGAAGCUCAAGCGUUUCCGCAUUGGGUUUCUGCGUCUAGGUCAAGGUCAAAAGGUGCAUCCAGACAUCCUGCCAUACACGGAAGAAAGCCUCAGGAAAAGCAGCGUCCGCACACUGCCGGAGCUGGAGCAGCUUUAUGGUAAAGAGCUGGUGGUAGCAACCACCUGCAUGGGCAUCAACCACCCCAUCUUCUCGCGCCGACGGUUUGACUUCUGCAUCGUCGAUGAAGCCUCACAGAUCAGUCAGCCCAUCUGUCUGGGCCCACUUUUCUUCGCCUCAAGGUUUGUGCUGGUCGGAGAUCAUCAGCAGCUGCCACCCAUCGUGCAAAACCAGGCGGCCAGGUCUCUCGGUAUGGACGAAAGUCUGUUCAAGCGGCUUGAGCUCCACAGCGAGGCCGUGGUCCAACUCAACGUUCAGUACCGCAUGAACAAGCAGAUUAUGUCUCUCAGCAACUGUUUGAUGUACGAGGGACGACUGGAGUGUGGAUCUGAGCGGACGGCGACGGCCCUUCUCUCCCUGCCUGGUCUACAGUCGGUCCAGUCUGAGCUCAGCUCCUUCUCUUGCAGUCGUCCGAUGCAGGAUCUCACCUGGAUUCAGGCCGCUUUGCUGCCCAGCAGCCCUGUUUGCUUCCUGGACUGCUCGUUGGUUCCAGCGUUGGAGUCAGUAGAGCAAGGUGGUGUCAGCAACCACACGGAGGCGGCCAUCAUCCACCUGCUGCUCUCGCUCCUCCUGAAGGCAGGAUGUAAGCCCAGUGAUAUUGGCGUGAUCGCCCCCUACAGACAACAGUUGAAGAGCAUCUCUGCUCUGCUGCAGUCACCUGCCUUCACUGGGGUGGAGGUGAACACAGUCGACAAGUACCAAGGACGCGACAAGAGUGUCAUAGUGCUGUCUUUUGUGAGAAGCACCACGGAAGAGGAGAACCUGGGAGAACUGUUGAAGGACUGGCGUCGCUUGAACGUGGCCAUCACCAGGGCGAAACACAAACUGCUGAUGGUGGGCUCCGCGGCCACACUGAGGAGAUACGCUCCGGUGGAGAAGCUGCUCAAUUAUCUCCAGCAGGAGGAGAUGAUCAUCCAACUUCCACCAUCGGCUCACAAGGAGCUACCCAACAUGCACCUGUGAUGUGACUCGCUCACUGCAGCAGCCGUGGAGCAGAGGACUGCAAUGAACUUCCGACAUGAAAUCUUUUCUGAUCUCGUCGCUGGUUUAUGAAAUGUAGCUCUGUGAAUGAGAAGAUAAGUAUACUGAAGACUGUGACACUGGCAGGAAUCACCCGCUCAUUUCCUUGUUCGGUUUAACAUGGAAUAACAUAACUGGAUGUUUGAAAAAGUUUGGGUUUGUCCGUCUCCCAAGCCUUACGACUCGAUCACAAGCUCGGCUACAAGGAAGGAGAGAAGAGUGUGGUUUUUGUUUGUAAUCGUUUUUCCAUAUCAAGAACACUCAUCAUUUUACAUAGAUUGUAUUAAGCUAUCACAAUAAGCUGGUGAUAUUUAGAUGUGAUAUAUGUGUUGUUCUAUCUCAUCAACCGUGAGUCCACCUCAUUUGUUAAUGUUAUUUUAAUUCCAAUAUGUAAUUGUGUUCGUCUCUUGUCUUGUACAUGAAAUAAAGUUGU